AUAUUUAUAUUGAUAUUGACAUUUGCAGUGGUGACUGGUUAACUGUCAAUGUCAGUACUGUAAAAUGAAGCACAUAAAUUUAUUCAAAACAUAAUUUUCAUGGUGUAUAGAGACAAGUGAUAGCAGAAACAUAUAGAGUGGUCCGGUAAUGUAUCAACGGGUACACGAGAGCUCUUAAGACAGCAUAUCGAAGCCAUGGAUAAUAUAAUAUCAUGGACAGCGGAGGACGAGGCCAUAAUCGCGACUAACACAGACGCUACAGAAUGCAAGCGGUGCGCGGUUGAGUUAGGCUACUGGAAGGAUGACUACAUCACAUAUUUCGCAAAACAUGUGGAUAGAAAGGCACCCGAGAUCAACCGAGGGUACUACGCGCGUGUCAGAGCUAUGGAGAUGUUUAUCCAUCAGUUUUUGGAGAGAUGUGACACAAAAUGUCAAAUUAUCAAUUUGGGCUGCGGUUUUGACACACUGUACUGGAGGUUGAAGGAUAGCACCCAGGCUGUGGGAAACUUUGUCGAGUUAGAUUUCCAAGCGGUUACCAGCAAGAAGUCUCAUAUCAUCAAGCGCAACAAGCAGCUGCUUGAGAAAAUAAGCAAUGAAGAUGGCGAGGUGAUGAUUCGCGAGGGCGACCUGCACUCGGAUGGAUACCACCUUGUGAGCUGUGACCUACGCUGCCUGGGCGAGGUACGGCGCAAGCUGGCCGGCGCCGGCGUUUCGCCGGAUGCUCCCACACUCGUACUAGCCGAGUGUGUGCUGGUAUACUUGCGGCCCGACGCGGCUCACGCCCUCUUGCGUCACUUGUCGUCUACGUUCCCGCGGUGCGCUCUGCUGGUGUACGAGCAGUGCAACCUGGGCGACAAGUUCGGCGAGGUGAUGGUGCGCAACCUGAGUGCACGCGGAUGUGCGCUGGCCGGCGAGGGGUACUGCCGCGAGCCGGCGGCGCAGGCGCAGCGCAUGCUGUCGCUGGGGUUCCAGGCGGCGCGCUCGUGGGACAUGCACACGGUGUGGCGCGCGCUGCCCGAGGAGGACCGCGCGCGCGUGGAGGCGCUGGAGAUGCUGGACGAGCGCGAGCUGCUGCUGCAGCUGAACUCGCACUACGCGCUGACGGUGGCCACGCGCGGCGACAUCUUCGCGGACAUGGACCUCAAUGCGUAAACACGACCCGCUGUGAUUUUGCUUUCCGUUCGCCAUUGAAACGCAGAAUAUCCGUGUGUAGAUACUGUCGAGGAGGUUGAAAUUAUUUUCGUAGUUAUAAUAAAAUACGUAUUUUUCAAUUUUCGCCUUCGCGUAUCAUGUGGACGUUUAUAAAAACCGUAUAAUAUUGCGCGUUUGUCAUAUUAGCCCCUAGAUUUAAUGAGUAUCCACUAAUAAUAACAUAAUUUUCUAUUACGCAGUUGAUAAGUGAUCAAUGAUCUGUAGUUUGCUUCGUUUCCACACAAUCUCCGCCCAACGCCCACUGCCGCGCUGG